AUGUCAAUCAAAAUUAUGGUUAGCAAGAAUGAAAAAAUUGAGGAAUGUAAAAAAGUUCUUGCUAUAACAAAACGUAUUCCUAAAGAUGUUAAAAGACAUUGUGGUGUUUGCAGACAACAUGGUUUAAUAUAUGAAACUAGAGGCCAUCUAUGUGAAUUUAAAAAUUGUUCUUGUGAUAAGUGUAAACUUAUUAAAUUAAGAAGAGAUAUCAUGUCAACACAAAUAAAAAUAAGGAGAGCACAAGAUAAAAGAUUUCAAAGAACAAAUGAUCCUGAAAAAGCUGAUAUUAUUAUUGAUGAUAUUGAUGAUGGUAAAAUGAAAGGAAAAAAGAAAAAUACAUGUUAUUUUUGUCAAAAAUGUAAAAAUCAUAGUAAAAUAGUAUGGAAAAAAGAUCAUAAAAAAAAUUGUCCAUAUAAUAAUUGUACAUGUGAAUCUUGUGAAUUAAUUGAGACACGACGUAAACUUGAUCAAGAAAUUAAAAUAAAAUUUAACAAUAAAAAAAAGGAAAUGGAUAGUGUUGUAAUGUUUAAUGGUAAUGAAAAUAUUUAUAUGAAAAAUGAAAAUAUUACUCCAAAUAUUGUUUCACAUUAUACUUCAUUACCAAAUAAUUAUGGAGAAGAGGUGUUAUUUCAAAAUUAUUUUAUUGCCUUAAAUAAUUUUAAUAUCCUUCUAACUAAAUAUAAUCAAAAUUUUAGUAUGUGA